AUGGUCUCUUUUUGGCCAUGGGGUAGCGAUACUACCUCGGCCGCUUCCUUUGAAAAGACGCUCUCGGCACUGUCCUUGAAAAUAACCACGACCCAGAAGACGCUGGACAAGACCCGCGCCAGCGCCCGCCGUGUAAAGGUCCUGCUGGUUCUCUACCUCGGCUUCGCGUACCUCGUGUACGCCAUUGUCCAGCUGGUCGUCGUCAAGUAUGGCAACAUGGGCGCCCUGGAGUGGGCGGGCAUGGCGGGCGGGCCUAUCGUAAUCAUACUCGCGCGCAAGAUCAGCGGUGCCUACUUCACCUUUCGAACCAACUCACUAGGCAAGCGCCUAAAGACUCAGCAGGAGGAGCGCGCCAAGACGAUCCAGAAACUCAAGGACGCCACACGGUACGACUCGACUAUGGAACUUAUCGAAAAGUACGGCGGCGAGAAGAAUAAGGAAGCUUCCGGCACCGACAACAAGAAUAGCACACAAUCGCAACAACCUAGCUCGCCCACCGCCGCUCCGAACCGGACACGUCUCCCUCCGCCUCCGACCGCCAACAUCCAGCCUCGCGCUCCUCCUCCUCCCCCCGGUCAUUCCAGUGCGACCGGCCCGCUCUCCCCGUCACUCAACUCGCUCGAACCCGGCGCCGAAUUCGCGCCCAACGCCUUUUCCCACCCUCCGCCUCAACCUGCCGCGCCUUACGCCGCCGGGGGUCCCUUCGAGACGCACUGGUACGAUCGCAUCUUUGACGUGCUUCUCGGCGAGGACGAGACGCUACCCAAGAACCGCAUCGUGCUUCUCUGCCAGUCGUGCCGGCUCGUCAACGGCCAGGCGCCGCCCGGCACGCACAGCCUCGCGGAGCUGGGCGUCUGGCGCUGCAUGGGCUGCCAGGCGACCAACGGCUCGGUCGACGAGGGCAAGCGCAUCGUCGACGAGGUGUUGCGCGGAAGCGAGCAUAAAGACGGUGCAGACGACGAGGUGCAGGCGCAGAUUAAGAGCGAGGACGAAGCCGAGAUGGUGGAUGUAAGUGGUACCGGAUCGGCCGCGACAGGCGUGGAGCGGCCCGAUGGUGCGACGAAGCGACGAGGCCAGAGCACAUGA